AUGCCUGCCGCGAUGGCGCCUCGCAUAGCCAACACGAGGGCCCCUCCCGAUCGGAUAUCGAGAGUGCGUUCAGAAUCCUCUUCUCUUGCAGGAGAGUCUGAUCAGGUAGUUGUGGCUCUCGGGACGUUUCCCUACGUGAGCAUGAGGGAUCGUAGCCCGGUAAUAGUCGCCAGGAUUGUUGACUUUCUGUCAAGAGAGAAAGGGCAAAUGAAGAAGAGAUUUGGAGAGGAAGUAGUAUCAGACCUAAAAUCAGUUGCUGAGAUGCUCUCCAAACUGAGGUAUGAAAUGAUGACAAACAAGCCCUUGAUUCCAUUUGAAGUGGAUGCUCCAGACCAAGAGAUGUGGAACAAGGCGUUGGAGGAAGAAGCUGCAAGGGAGGGCAAGGAGCCCACUUGGUUUGACUCUCCCUGGCUUUUUGUUGAGUGCUACAUGUACAGGAGGAUUAGGGAAACUUUUGAUGACAGCUUGUUCCUUCGGCAGUUUGAUUACUUCCAGCAUCAGAAACAGGAUUCUUAUUGGAAUUCUCUGGAAGCAAUCAAGGGUUUAGCAAAAUAUUUCAAAACAAGUUAUCAUCAGACCAAGCAGUGGAAAUUGCAGGAGGCCAAAGUCAUCUUUCGUCAUUUCAUUGAGUUGGCACUAUGGGGCAACAAAUGUGAUCUGAGUAUCACAGCAGGGCAGGAUGCUUCCCAGAAGACAGAUCUUUUGGAGGACUUGGACAAAUCAGCAGACAAAAUCCUCUGUAAUCAUUUUGAAAACCUAUGCAAUUAUCUCACGCAGCUGGAGAGUACAAGAAUUGAUAGAUUAAAAUCUGCAGGCCUCAUUGUGGACAAUGCAGGAUUUGAGCUCUUCUGUGAUCUGCUACUCAUGGAUUUUCUGUGUUCAUCCCAUGUAGUACAAAAAGUGCAUUUUCAUGUCAAGUCCAUGCCUUGGUAUAUUUCGGAUGUCACAACCCAUGACUUCCUGUGGAUGGUUGAUGUAAUGCAAAAACCUGAAUGUGGGGAAGAUGUUCAGUGGAUGGCCCAACGAUGGAUCCAAUAUUUGAAAAGCGGGGAAUGGACACUUCAUGAUGAGAUGUUCUGGACUCUUCCCUAUCCCUUUUCAGAGAUGCAAAUAGAAGAUCCAGGCCUCUACCAGCACCUGGCCCAAAAUCAGCUUGUCAUUGCAAAGGGGGAUCUCAACUACAGGAAGCUGGUUGGCGAUUUGGAAUGGCCUCGGCAUACUUCAUUUACUGAAGUGCUACGGGGUUUCCAUCCAGCUCCAAUCCUUACCUUGAGGACUCUGAAAGCUAAUACAGUAGCUGGGCUGAAAGAAGGUCUUGCUGAAACCAUGGAUAAAUCAGGUGAAGAUUGGAUGGUGACAGGUAACUAUGCAGUGAUCCAGUUCUGUGACAAGAUCAGCCCUAUAGGUGUAUCAACAUGAAGAUACUUCCAGUGAAUAUUUUUCCUCAGUUCCUUCCAAAUUCAUUUAUUCAAAAAAGCUUCCAAUAUACAUGCGAUUCCCAUAAA